AUGAACGAAACCCUCCUUGAACCUCUCAAUGAACUGACCAAGCUCUCGCAGACCCUCUUUCACUCCCUCUCGCCUUCCCAGACCAAACCACCUCCGCCACCACCACUCGACGCUUUCAUACGCGUCGACGCCGCACUUGCCGACGCGCUUCAACUCACGGCAGUUCACCAGCGCAAGCAAGGGCGCAUCGAGUCCCUCAAGAGCGAGAUCUUCGAACUCGAGGCGCGAUGGCGUGAUAUAUGCGCGCAGCUCGAGGAGGGAAAGCGUACCCUUGAGCGCAUAAUCGACGAGGGUGACGAGCGUAUCAAGGGUAUCGAGGAGGCUCGGGAAGCUGCCAUACCAUACCCCGAAUUACUGGCAUAUGCACAGAGCCUGAGCGCAUUUACCUCUGCGCCCCCUAACAUGCCAGAUCUCUCCUUGCCGGGCCAACCUCCGCCGCCGCUGUUCUUCCCUCCCUUCCCAAACGAAGAGAAGAUGCGCCGUGGCCGCCUCAACGCAGAGGCACCACUCGGCCUGCUCGGAGAAACCCACUCUGUCGGAAAACCGCCUGCACCAUCUCCCAAGUCAACCGAGCCGUUCCGCGAUGCAGCUCCGCACGCCAACCCAUACCGCCAUGACCACCACCGGCCCCAGCAACAAGUCUUCGACUUCGAUCUCGACUUGAAUCCGGAUCUCUAAAUUGCAACCUGGCAAAACUCACUUGGCUAUCUAUACAGUAAAUCAAGAUACCGUGCUUGCAGGCUGCAAAAUUGGACUCUCCUUUUCAGAGAUCUCCAAUGCAACUGCGUCAGCCACCUCAACAGGUAUAUCCGCGCCAGGGAGGCUGUCUCAGACCUGAUAUUGUGGUAGAACGGUGGAUGUUGAGGACCA